AUGUUGAGAAGGAUCUUAAUUCCUGGUUUUGCAGCCCUUCUUCUAAUUCUGUUACUCCCUAUAACAUGUAAAGCCAAGCAGAAUCAUCGGGUCUGUACCUCUUCCUGCGGGAAUAUUCAUAAUAUAAGCUACCCUUUCCGACUGAAAGAUGAUCCACGGAGCUGCGGAGAAAGCGAGUAUGAGCUGGCUUGUGAGAAUAACCGCACAAUCUUAUAUUUGUAUUCAGGAAAAUACAAAGUAGAAGAAAUCAAUUAUGAGAUCUUCACAAUAAGGGUUGUUGAUGACUUCUCUUCUCUGCCUCUGUCUCUGAAUUCUUUGACUUACAGAAAAUUUAGUCAUCGACGCCCAAUUAGAUAUAGGCCAUCGUAUGAGAAUCGUGCUCUAAAUUUUAUUGAUUGUGAAGUUCCAAUAAGUUCUUCUGACUACGUGGAUAUGGCACCUUGCAGUAAAAACAGUUCUGCCCACUUUUCUUUAAUGGUGCAAGUGUCUCUCCUCCGUGUGCCCUCCUUGCGCUACUGCUUCCAGCUUCAUGAUUCAACUUCUUAUCAUGGUGACGCAGAUUUUCCAUCAGAGUACCACUGGUAUUGGAUUGUAGAAGGCAUUCUGUUAUAUGGAUUCGUUUUCAUUGGUAAGACAUUGUAUUUCCUCAUUGAAGUUGUGCUGAACAAAAGGAAACAACGUAAAGAUGGAAAAUAUGGGAUAUGA